UCUGUAAGGGUGCGGAAAAUCGCGGUUUGGAGAUCGGUGAUCGAUCGGUUCAUAUAGUGCUUGGAAUCUGCUUGGGUCAGCAGUGGGAAUUGAAAAAAAAUUGUGAUUCGGUCUUGCAAUGUCGUUAAUUAACUUGAAAUCGAAAGAUAUGUACGAUGAACCGAUUAAUCUGUGGAGAACCAAACAACGCGUCCAUUAUCACCACGAUGUGAUAUCGAAAGAAAAUGACAGUCACAGAUCCUCCGAUGCCAGUGAAUAUAUAACUAUAAAAGUGCCUAAGAAGUCGGCCUCGUUCUCAAGAUCCCCUCCCAACUCGCUGCCCCCUUCGGUACCCGGAACUCCGCGUCAUUCCGUGGCCGCCACCUCGAAUCAGGUGAUCCGAUACGCCCGAACAUCCUGUGACCACUGCGGGCACCAUAGUAUUCCGGUCAUGUCGCCGCAUCCCAUCUCACCGCUGGCCAAGUCCCAGACGAACCUGGAUCUCGUGGAGCACGCUAGUCAGCGGCAGGCCCUGCUCCCACUGCCCACCAUCGGGAUCCACCGCGAUGACUCCGCCUGCACCUUGCAGGUGUCCCGCCGACCAUCGCUGCUCCUCCAGGAGAUCCUCACUCAGCGUCCUCCGCUCUACGGACGGAAGGACGGCAACGGGUUCCUGUCGCCAAGGACUGCCAAAAAUGGUAACCUGCAGGGGACAGCGAGUGGCAGUACAGCGACUAUUAAUUUCCAGAGCGGUACGACAAGUGCCAGGAAUGGAUCCACAGCCUUCUUCGACAAUGGAGCCAAAAGCUUUCAGGCCAAGCAGCAGAAGGAAAAGAACCGACGCACAGGCAACGAUGCCAUAAGUUCAGCGCUGUCGGCCACAUAUUGCAAGCUGUUGGUACUCCUCGGCGUUUGUCUGCCGAUCACAGAAGUUAUAUCCGAUCAGAUACCCACCUAUGUGUACCAGGGAUUCUAUGUGUAUCUCUAUGUGGGCAGCAUACUCUUUGUGAUUUUCCUGUACAUCAGUGCCUUUCGAAACCGAUCGCUUUUCAAUGCCCUCAAAGACUUUCAUGAAAAGAACAGCAAUGUGCAUCUGAAGCACAAGGUGACCCAUUUCGGUAGCUUCUAUCUGAGAGUGGGAGCCAUUGCCUUUGCCAUUGGAACCAUGGUGUAUUCUGGCCUGGAGUUUGGUCAGUUCUUUGAGCUGAAUGGUCAUCCCGGAUGUCGGGAUGUCUUCGUGGCCAUCACGCCCAUCUGCCGGAUGGUGCUGUGCAUCGCCCAGGUGCAGUUCAUCUUCCUGAACACCACCUACAUGGACAUGGCCCGGCACAAGGUGACCUCGCGAUUCGGACUCAUGCAUAUGGUGGCCACCAACUUGUGUGAGUGGCUGUAUGUCCUGGUGGAGGAGACCAAGCACGAGAUAUUCCACAUCAGCCAGCACGAGGUGGAUCCCGCCCACGAUCUGGUCAGUCACAGUGGUGCCAAUAGAACUGACUGGUCGGCGGUGAAUGAGUCCCUGCACCAGCACCACCACCAUCAGCAUUCCCUUAACAACACCCUGCUGACCAAUGUGACCAAUGUGAUAGCGAACAUCACUGUGACUCCUUCGCCCACGGCUGCUGCUUUUAGUGGCUGCUCCCGCACCACGAUCAUGGGUGCUCUGGUCCAGCAGUUGUCCCCCUUCCUGUUCCCCUGCACCAUCGAGUACUCCCUGAUCUGCGCCGUGAUCCUCUUCGAGAUGUGGAAGACCGUCAAGUCCAUUCCCGAUAUCGACAAGACCCGCAAGAACUCCGUGAAGCCCGUCCAAGCGAAGCCCGCCCAUCACUUCUCCGUGGAUUGUUCGCAGUCGCACAAGGGACUCUUCUUCGGCAUCAUGAUUAUAGUGAUGACCAUCAUCUCCAUGAUCAUGUACUUUGUGCUGUACACCCAGCCGGGGUACGAACUGGUGGCCACUCAGGAGGUCACUCUGUGGGAGACUUUCAUGUACUUCAUGUGCGCAUCGGCUGUGAUAACGGGCAUGAUCCUCAUGCGCGAUCUGCGCUACAUCAAGGACACCAGCGACGAGCACCACUCGAUGGAUCUGGACAAUCUCCUGCUGAUUGUAGCGCAGACCGGGGUGUACCUGUACGGAAUGUUCAGCAUCCUGGGCAGUUACUUCGCCAAGUGGGACACGGUGCCCGAUCGCGUGGAGGGCAUUAUAGCGGAGGUGUUCGGAGUGGUGCAGACCUCGCUGCAGACCAUGUUCAUCCUGCACGCCAGCCAUCGGCGGUGCAAGGGGGCCAAGCAGGUGAGGAGGAAGCCGGGAAGGGAGAUCAUCACGUUCCUGCUGGUGGCCAACAUCGCCAUCUGGUUUGUGAACACCCUGAUCAAGGGACGAGCCGUGUUCCGUGAGACCCAUCUGGAGUUCUUCGGCGUCUGGGGCUGGACAAUCAUCACUCACAUCUCCAUGCCGCUGGCCAUUUUCUACCGCUUCCACUCCACGAUCUGCCUGUUCGAAGUCUGGAAGGUCACCUACAAGGCCAAGGCGCAUUAGGAACCCACUGUUGAUUAGUUUUCGUUAGCUUUCCUUUGAUUAAGUUAAUUUAAAAACCAAGCCUCUACUAGCGAACAUUAGUUAAUGUAUGUUAAGUGCAAAAUUUGUUAAUAUUGAGUGCACAAAAUAAAGAUUUAAUUUAUUCAG